AUGGAAGCCUCUUCUUUCAGUGUGAUGAUCGAGAAAGGACACCAAGUCAUCAAGGAGGCAUCGUCACUGCUAUCAUCAUUAUCACCAACCUCAUCAUCAACUGAACAACAAGGACAACUCGUUGAUAAUAUUUUAGACAAGCUUGACGAUGUGUUGGAGUCUCUCCGAAAUGUUCCGGACGAACCAGCCACCUUGACAAGUGACAGUCUUUUUUCACUCAACUCAUCAUUGAAUGAAAAACACUUACAAUGGUUCGAUCUGACCCAACAAGUUGUUCUUUCACAAUGUAAAUUUUAUUUAUUAUUAUUACGUCAAGACUCCCACAAAAAUAGGGACUCGAUGAUGAAUACGUUGGAAAUUUUAAUCCGAGAAUUAAUUUCAAUUCACGAGUGGAUGAAAAGAAGGUGUAUUUCCAUUUUAAGCAAUCCAAAUUACAACAUUGAAAGAAAGAACGAGAUUCAAACAAAAUUCUUGAAAAAAUCAAUGAAUGAUUGGGAACAAUAUGUUUCUCCUGUUUUGGAACAAAUUUCACACAUUACCAUCGAGAAUGAAUAUGAAACUGAACUUCCCAAGUAUUUACAAAAUUAUUUGACAAAAGAUGGAGGUGUGCCAAAGAUUUGUGUGAGAAACAAGAAUCAACAAGAAGGAAAGACUGUCUUGCUGAAUUGUGAGAAUGUCAACGACAAGGAAUUAAUUUUCAGAGAAGCUCCAGUCUGUAGUCAAAUAAUUACAGACUCUUCUGAAAAUCCACUCUACAGAAAAAUUGAUUACUGCCAUCACUGUAUGAGGACCAUAUUUAGUGAAAAGACCAUCUCACAGUCAUCCUUAUUACAGAAAAUUCUCUUCACUCAUCCUGCCACAACAGAUAAGAAUGCUCUGUUACCAUCCUCUUCUCCAAUCCUAUCUCAGUAUUCACAUCAGCAGCAACAUCAACAACAGAUUUGUGUGAAAACAAAACCAGUCGCAUGCAAUCAUUGCUCGCUCGAAGUAUUUUGCUCCGAAACAUGUCGAGAUCAAGCAUGGACACAGUACCACAGUUUGUUGUGUACAAGAAAUUCCUCCGGGUUGCAAAGUGCUUCCUCCACGAGUGAACAUCCAAUGAUUUUGUUGGAACGUUUGUCUGUCAAACAAGGUCGAACUGCUCCCUUAAUGAUCGCUAAAAUGAUGGCCUUUGUAGUGAAUGAUGUAUUCAUGAAAAUUGGACUCACCAAUGAAAGUGACAAGAUUUCCGAUACUUUGAGCCAAUUAACACUUCAGCUCAUUGAAACUCAACUCGCCAAAUCAAUGCAUAUUUUUCAGAGAUUUAUUCAACAUGAAGCCACUCAUCCAUUCGAUACACUCGCUGCUCAACUCAUUCGUGAAUCGAUGGAAUUGUCACUCUAUCAUCUUCCCUCAAAUAUUGAUGUUGUGAAGAAGCAGGAACAAGAAAAUUUGAUUGAAUAUAUGAAGCAUCAUCAGGAUUUGUCAACGAGUCCACUCAUCAGACAACUUGUAGAAAUGGUCAGUGAUGUCAGACACUAUCGUUCUCUUCAUGGAUUAAUUCUUCAAAACUGUUCCACCAUUCAUCCCAUUACCGAUAUUCAUCUUAUUGCUCAUGAGAACUCUACAUUUUCUGAACAAAUUUGUAAAGCUCUCAAUGUUUCAAAUUUCCAACAAGAAGCCACACGUAAAGAUGAAUUAUUACAACUUUCAAUGAAAGGAAUGGGAGCAUUUGCCAUACAUAAUUGCAUGAAUCAUAGUUGCGAACCCACUGCUGUGAGUGUCUCUGAUCAGAAUAAUCAUGUCUUGAGUGUUUAUGCACAUCAUGAAAAUGGACUGAAAAAGGGAGAUGAAGUUCUGAUUAGUUAUUUCGAUGAAAAUGCACCCUAUGAAGAGAGGAAAAGAAAAUUAUUGGAACAAUACAAGUUUGAAUGUCACUGCCCUAAAUGUGAAAGAGAAUCGAGAACUAAAAAGUGA